AUGAUGAUGUGUGAGAGCGAUAACGAAAGUGAGAACAAUUCGUCGGCUCACAUUUCUGUUUUUGAGCAACGCGCAUACAUUAAAAUCGAAACGAUUCGUGGUAAAACAGUGCCUGAAAUUCAUGCCGCGUUAAAUGAAGUGUGUGGAACGGAUACUGUGGAUCGUAGUACGGUGCAAAGAUGGCAUCAGCGAUUCCGUGAUGGUCGUAUAAUUAUUGCUAACAACCAGCAAACAAAGGUAAAACAAAUGAUGAUUUUUGCUUACGAUAAACUUAGGAUAAUUGUCACUGAUCGAGUUCCAAUUGGCAGUAGUGUAAUUGGGGAUUACUACAAAACAUUCCUUGCCAAAAAAUUGCGACCAGGAAUGUUACAAAAUGGUGUGUCCAUAUUGCACGACAAUGCGCGGCCGCAUAUCAGUCGUCGCUCUUUUGGAGAAAUAUGGAUGGGAACGCCUCAAACACCCACCGUAUUCACCGGAUUUAAGUCCCCCGGACUUUGAUUUAUUUCCAAAACUGAAGGAACCACGUAGAGGGAUCAGUUUUUCCAACUUAGAUAUACUAAAUGAAGAAGUGAGCCGAAGGAUCCGUGAACUCAACAAAGAUGACGUCCUAUGCGGCAUUCAAGCGCUCCCGAAACGAUGGGAAUCGUGUAUAGACAAACAGGGAGAUUAUAUCGAAGGUCUAUAA